AUGAAAUUUCGAUUCAAAGAAGAAACUCCCCUUGAUCAACGUAAACAAGAAGCUGAGAAAAUUCGUGUUAAAUAUCCUGAACGAAUUCCGGUUGUAGUUGAACGUGUACCGAAAUCUCAAAUACCUGAAAUCGAUAAACGUAAAUUUUUAGUUCCCAAUGACAUAACAGUUGCACAAUUUAUGUGGAUUAUUCGUAAACGAAUACAAUUAGCACCAGAAAAAGCUAUUUUUCUUUUUGUUAAUAAAACAAUUCCAUUAUCAAGUGCAACGAUGGGUGAAAUUUAUGCUGAAAAUAAAGAUGAAGAUAGUUUUCUAUAUAUUGCCUAUGGUGGUGAAAAUACAUUUGGUUAA